AUGGCAACGCUGCAGCCUCACCGGGGAGGGAAAGAAGACGCUGCCGGUGCCGGAGAAAAGCCUGGGCGGGGGCCGCGCGGGACGACGGGGUGGGCGCGCGGGCCCGGACGGGGACUUCGAGGACGCGGGCUCGGGGAGGGGGAGCGGCGGCGGCGAACGGGCGGGGAGGGCGGAGGGGCCGGUUUAUUUUUAAAUUCUGCCUCCACUCGCUCUCUCGCGCUCUGGUUCCUCCGAGUUGUUUAUUCCAUUUUCCUCUUCCUGAGACGGCCGUCGCCGGUGCGCCUGCGCGUCGAGGCGCAGGGGCUUGUGGGUAGCGGGAGCGCGAGGGCUAGCCUGGCCUGGCGUCGGGCCCCCUGGGCAUCCGAGAGCCGGCGGCGGUUGGACGGGCCGACGGCGGCGGCGCUCCCCGACGCCGAGCCGGCUCGGGAAGUUCUCACGAGGCGAAUGCCCUCCCUUUUUCGUAUUCCUCUUGUUUAUAAAGCCAGGCGUCAUUUUUUAAUUGAAACGACGAAAUUUACAGAAUGUGAUUGUCAUUUUGAGGGGCCACACCUGGGGCCGGAGCCCAAGCCCUUGCUCUGCUGGGAGAGUAUCUCUGUCUGUUCGCCACGCUUCCGCACCCUCGCUUUUUCCCCUCCCUCCUCUUUUUCCUUCCCGCUGAGGGUGAUGAGAACUACGGGACUGAUUGCCUAAAAACUCCUGGGCCUUUUAUUCCAAAAAUCGAAUCUGAGAAGGUUGAUUUGGGCAAACCCCCAGCUGAGUGCAGCACCUGUUUUCUCUAUUUAUAUUACUGAAAGCCUUCAGUAAAAUAUUAUGAACAAUGAGAUGCCACCUGGGGACACCGCUGCCUAGGCAGCACCAGAAGGUUUCCCUUAAAAUCGCGCUGGGUUUCUUUUCUCCAAUCGGCCUAGUCUUGACUCGAAAUUCAUUUUUAAAAGAGUUUUUUUCCCUUACCGAUCGCUGAUGUUAUGUUCCGCUGUACUUAUUUAAAAAAAAAAAAGUUUUAAGGAAUUUUAAGGAGUUGCUAUGAAGGGAAAAUAACUUUAACGUUUUAGUUUUUCUCCUCUGCAAAAGGUCUUCUCAAAAGGCAAUUGGAAGGGGGGGUGUUCGUUGGCAGAAUUUGAGGAACUGUGGCAAACAGAAGAGGUCACAGAAGAACGGAUAGAAGCAAGUGUACCACACUGCAGAAAGGGGGAAAGUGGAUUCCAUAGACCACAAACCGGGGCUUUCCUGGUGGCGCAGUGGUUAAGAAUCCGCCUGCCAAUGCAGGGG